CAGAAGGUUGGGGGAAUGGAUGGAGAUAACCAGAGUGAGAACUCACAGUUCCUACUCCUGGGGAUGUCAGAGAGUCCUGAGCAGCAGCGGAUCCUGUUUUGGAUGUUCCUGUCCAUGUACUUGGUCACGGUGGUGGGAAAUGACCUCUUCUUUGUCACCAACACAAUCCCCAAGAUGCUGGCGAACCUCCAGUCCCAGAACAAAGCCAUCAGCUCUGAUUCCCACCUGCACACCCCCAUGUACUUCUUCCUGGCCAAAUUCUCCUUCACUGACCUCUUCUUUGUCACCAAAGUCCCCAGGAUGCUGGUGAACCUCCAGUCCCAGAACAAAGCCAUCUCCUAUGCAGGGUGUCUGACACAGCUCUACUUCCUGGUCUCCUUGGUGACCCUGGACAACCUCAUCCUGGCCAUGGCAUAUGACCGCUAUGUGGCCAUCUGCCACCCCCUCCACUAUGUCACAGCCAUGAGUCCUGGACUCUGUGUCUUGCUCCUCUGCUUGUGUUGGGGGCUGUCUGUUCUCUAUGGCCUCCUCCUCACCCUCCUCAUGACCAUGGUGACCUUCUGUGGGUCCCGAAAGAUCCACUACCUCUUCUGUGAGAUGUACGUCCUGCUGCGGCUGGCAUGUUCCAGCACCCACAUCAUUCACACAGUGUUGAUUGCCACUGGCUGCUUCAUCUUCAUCACCCCCUUAGGGUUCAUGACCACAUCCUAUGUACGUAUUGUCAGAACCAUCCUUCAGAUACCCUCAGCCUCUAAGAAAUACAAAACCUUCUCUACCUGUGCCUCACAUUUGGGUGUGGUCUCCCUCUUUUAUGGGACACUUGCUAUGGUAUAUCUGCAGCCCCUCCACACCUACUCCAUGAAGGACUCAGCAGCCACAGUGAUGUAUGCUGUGGUGACGCCUAUGAUGAACCCUUUCAUCUACAGCCUGAGGAACAAGAACAUGCAUGGGGCUCUGGGAAGACUCCUAGGGAGACCCUUUCAGAGGCCUAAAUGA